AUGGCUGAAUCCGCAGCAGGCAGAGAAUCCGAUAAUCUGGAUGCGAAACAGCCAGAGGCUGAUGUGAUCCUGAGUUUCAGAGGGUCCGAUGAUGUCUUGGGAUUCGUUGAUUCCCUCCAUCGCCGCCUGGUAGCUGAAGGAAUUCAGGUUUUCAGAAAUGAUGACGAAACCCUGUCUAUUCUACCUGAAGGGGUCUCCAGCUUCAAGAUCUACGUACCCAUCUUUUCGAGAACCUACGCUGAUAGCCCUCGGUGUCUUGAGACGCUCGCACUCAUGAUAGAGCACACGUCUAGAUCAGGUGGGAAGAAAGAGAUCCUGCCCGUUUUCUACGAUGUGGAACGGUCUGAUGUGCUGCUGGAAAAGAAAUCACUCUACAGAGAUGCCCUGGGCAUGCACAAGCAGGGCUUGGGCAAUGAGAAAGUGGAGCAGUGGAAGAAGGCUCUCGUGGAGGCUGGGAAAGUUGAGGGAUGGAAACAAAGUUCAUAUACAAGUCAAGGCGCACUUGUCAUAUCCAUCGGUGGAGAAAUUUUGUCGAGGCUGAAGAUAAAGCACAAUUAUGUUCCUGAAGAUCUAUCCAUUGGUGAUAAUCCCAUGUUUUCUUACAGGACCUCGGAGCUUCAAGACAGUCAAGAAUCGAAAGUAAUGGAAUUAUUGGAACUGGAUGUAAACGACAUACGAAUUGUUGGAAUCCAUGGGAGAGAUGGCAUUGGAAAGACUGCUCUUGCCAAGAUUGUAUAUGACCAAAUAUCCCUUCGCUUUGAUGCUUGCAGUUUUCUUGUGGAUAUGGAAGAAACAAAGCAGCAACCUGGUGGUGUUCAGUAUCUUCACACCAAGUUGAUCUUUGAUAUUUUAAAAAGAGAGUAUGAGGCUGCUUGUGCUUUCGAAGAAGUACGAUUUCUUAAAGAAAUAUUUCGAAAUUUUAAAGUUCUCAUUGUCCUCGAUGAUGUGGAAACGGGGUCCCUCCUUGAGGAGUUUGUCGGAGCUAAGCUUGAUUGGUUUGGUCCUGGAAGCAGAAUAAUUGUCACCUCAAAAGAAAGAAGCGUUCUUCAAGGGUUUGCUGAUCGAGGUUUGGGUCCAUCGUAUUACGAUGUCAUUCCAAUGCAUCAUAAUCAAGCUUUCUACUUUUUCUGGCGCUGUGCUGUCGGAAAGAGAGAUGAGCUACCUUUGUAUGCUUAUAUUGCAAACAACAUAGUCAAGGCUGCAAAGGGACUUCCGCUGCUUCUCAAAGUUUUUGGUUCUUUUUUGCACGAUAAAGGACUAGAAGAAUGGAUUAAAUUCGAAGAUAUCAUACAACAAUCUCAGGAAGAUUACCAGAAGAUUCUGAGCACAAUUUACGAUGCAUUAGAUCGAAAGCAAAAGCAGAUGUUUCUGGAUAUUGCAUGUUUUCCCCCAGAUGUGGAUUAUGGGUUUGCCUCAUACAUGUGGCAUUAUUAUGAUCAUGCUGAUAAGGUGAUGGAGGUCCUUCGUCGUAUGUCCCUAAUAAAGGCGGAAGAAAAUAAAAUAGGCAUGCACAGCAUGCUAAGGUGCCUUGCCAGGAAGAUUAUUUGCAAAGGUUUCCAUGAUCCAGGAACAGGCAUUGAAUUGUCCAUUCCUGCCAUAGCCCAGGACAAGAGCAAGGAGAAACAGGAAGCAGACCACCUUAACACUGAAGUGGCAGGCCAUGAGAUACCGCUGAACACGACAUUUCUCAGCUUGGGUCGCACCAAUGGUGGAGAAUUUGCGGCUACCUUAUCAAACAUUCGGUGGCUUCAUUGGCAAGGGUGCCCUCCAGAUGCAAUCAGCAUUCAUUUAAAGGAAAAUGGGAACCUAACUAUUCUUGAUCUUUCGUGGAGUAAGGUUACAGAAUCCUGGGGAGCUUGGAAAGGAAUUAAGAUGGAGCAAUUGAAAGUCUUGAAUCUUACAGGUUGUGCGGACUUACUAGCUACCCCCAGCUUCUCUUGUUGCCCAAAUUUGGAGAUAUUGAUUCUUGAGCGAUGUUCUCGAUUGGUUCAUGUGGAUCCUUCAAUUAAUGAUCUGAAGCUCUUGGUUACCCUGAAUUUGAAGUUCUGCUCCGAACUUACCAUGUUGCCAGUGGAAAUGGGUGGGAUGAAUGCUUUGAGAGAGCUCCUGAUCGAUGACACUUCCGUACGAGAACUUCCUGCGUCGAUAGGCAAAUUGAUUCAGCUGCAAAUUCUUAGUGCCACUAAUUGCUUUGCAUUGGACCACGUUCCUGAUUCAGUUUGGAAAGCUGAAGCUCUUUCAGUGAUAGCCUUUGAUGGCGCGGAAAUUCAUGAACUCCCCGACUCAAUUGGAGACUUGAAGAAACUUAGACGCUUGUCUUUGAGAUAUUGUCGUCAGCUAGGAAUGCUUCCGGACUCGAUUGGCGAAUUGGCCAACUCAUUAGAAGAGUUGGAUAUUUCGGGUACAGGUAUUACGCAAUUGCCCGAUUUGACUAAACAUUUACGGAAUCUAAAAGUGCUGAGGAUGGGUUCUUGUUUCAUAAGGAAAUUUCCUCGUGACAUUGAAUGGUUGACAAACCUGGAAGAAGUCCAUGCAUCCUUGUCUAGGAAUUUGGGGGGAGACAUUCCUAGCGGUAUUUGGCUUCUACGUCAUCUCAGAGAACUGAGGCUUCGAGCUACUAGUAUAUCCAGACUUCCCCCAGAAAUUCAGUUUAUGUCGAGUCUUCAGACUCUGGAUUUGUUCGACUGCGACUGUCUCAAAGACUUGCCUACCGUUCCUCCUCCUAAACUAAUUAAACUCGAAGUUGAUCCCCACCGGAAGCAAAAAAUGUUAGGAUCUUCAGAAUUCAGCCGUUGGUGGUAUUUACUGCAAUAA